UUCCAAACGAAACCGCACCAAGCAAUGGCGCGAAGAAAAAUCUCUUCAUCGUCUUCCGCUCCAAUUCCAAUCGGUAACUGCGAGGUCACGGUCGAAGCAAGCAACUUCAGCUUCCAAUCGGACCCCAACAGCCUCCAAAUCUCACUCUACAAAGGCGCAAGGGUCAUAAUAUCAGCAGUGAUGGAAGAGAUGAAUAGAAAGAUCAGUAGUCAUAUUGGGGAUUCGGAUUCUGAAGGGAAAGAGGAGGAGGAGAAAGUUUCUUUAAUGCUACUUAAUCCUAAGGACGCCGAUAGCUGUACUAAAUCUUAUCUUCAGGAAGUACUAAAGAUGUACAUGAAGGAGCUUCCCGCAAUGAAUUAUGCUGCCAAUACUGGAAAGCAGUCGAUGUUCCUGGAAAGAUGUGUAACAAAUGGGAAGUAUUGUACGUUGCUUUUGAAAUCCAACUCUUUGGGAGAAUUCGGAGAGGUUAUAGCUGCAAUUACUUAUCAAAUAAUUCCUGCUGAUACUCAACAUGCUGAGAUCCCUCUUGCUGCCGUUAGGUCAAUUUACCAACACAAGGGUUUCGGUUGCCUGUUGUACAUGGAAUUGAGAAGGAGACUGCAAAGUGUUGGUAUUCGCACAAUAUUCUGUUGGGGAGACAAGGAAUCUGAGGGGUUUUGGCUUAAACAGGGAUUUGUAUCAAUAGCACAGGUGAAUGCCAAGGGUAGACCUCUCAGGCUACCUAUUAAAGCUGACAUACGUAGAGCAUUAUGCUUUCCUGGUGGUUCAACCCUAAUGGUUUCGCAUCUUAACAAGGAUUGUUCAGAUAAUUCUGCAGAUUUGUUAAGAUUGCGUUUGCCAUUAAAGCCUCAUGAGAAGAGUUCGUCGUCUGCUGCUUGUGGAGUUCAACAGCUUGGACAUUCUAGAAAUGAAAAAAUUUCAACUGAAGGGUUGAUGAAUGAUGGGCUCUCCAGGGAGGACGACAAUUUAGGUGGAGCAGACUGCAAUAACAUGGCUGGUGGUCCAGAGCUAUCCAAGAAAGGAGCUGAUCCGAAUGUGAAGCAUUGUUCUUGUUCUACACAAGGUGCAAAGAGGAGGGUUUGGGAAGCCUCUUUAUCCUCAUUGAAGUCAAAAAAAGUAAAGGGAAGUCAUUCAAUUGACUGUCAGGUAGAUUCUACCUGUGGCUUAGCUUUCGGAAGUGUUGAGAAUGAUUCUUGUUUUCAAGGAUGUUCCUUGGAGACUUCAAAAAACACAUCUUUGGUGAGAGAUACUCCUAGAGUUCCAUGGAGUCGUAAUUGCAUGGAAAAGAUUGCUGAAGAACAUGGAUCAGUUAAUGUAAUGCCAGAAGCUUUGGCCAGUACAGAUUUUCAGUCAAAGAGAGAAUGCUUUAGAAUCAUUUUGAUGAAUAUUGCUGAUGAUGCUAAGAGAAAUCAUCUCAUAAAGGUAAUUGAAGACCUUGGUGGUGCUGUUGUCUCUGAUGGAAGUUUAAGCACACAUGUUGUCACGGGAAAAGUGAGAAAAACAUUGAAUUUCUGCACUGCUCUGUCUUCAGGAGCUUGGAUAGUUUCACCUAGUUGGUUGAAAGAAAGCUUCCGUGAAGGUAGAUUUGUUGAUGAAUUACCCUACAUAUUGAAUGAUGAACAAUAUAUGUUGAAGUACAGAGCUGAGCUAAAAUGUGCAGUUCUCAGAGCAAAAGCAAGUCCUCAAGCUUUGCUCAAAGGGUAUUAUGUUUGCAUAGCAACUCAUGUUCAACCCCCUGCUAAGACUCUAUCUGCCAUUGUCAGGUCUGCUGGUGGAGAGAUUAUUCGUGGGCUGGAUAAAGUGAAGAAAGCAUCCAAAACAGUCUUUGUGGCAUGUGAAGAAGACAUGGAAGAAGCAUUGUUGGCUGCAAAGAAAGGAAUAUGGACUUUCAGUAGUGAGUGGUUAAUGAACUGCAUAAUGAGACAAGAGGUCGAUUUGGAGGCUCCCCAAUUUGCAGAGUCCCUGUAAGAAAGACUUUCACAAAUUUUGUAGAUCAACAGUUGAAUGUAAAGCUCUUUCUCUCUUUGAAUCCCAACAACUUCAAUGACCUCAUUCUUUUGGGACCCAGUUUCUUACCAGCCCUCUGUACAACAGUCAAAGUCAAUUACAAAAAUUCACGUGAAUAAGUAGUAAAUAUGCUGGUUCACGUGAAAUGAA